UCAUUCACCAGCGGGAGGGAAACUCGAUGCGUAGGCCCAGUCAAAUUUUCAUGUCACACCGUUAUGAUUUGAUUCAACAUACUGAAGUUACCAGACUUUAACUUUUAUUUCAGUUUUGCGGUGAGUUCACGUGACAUCUAUCCAGGUAUGAACAUGCUCAACCAAGCCGCCGUAGAGGCCUUAUGCUCUGGAACGUAUCUCGAAAAUUAUUUGGAAACGAUGGAGAAUCUGCCUAACGAUUUACAACGAAGUGUUUCCCAACUGCGAGAGUUAGAUAUUCAGUGUAGAGACAUUAUGCAAGACAUGGACUAUCAACAAGAAGUGUACAAGCAACAAGGCCCUAUGAAGAAGAAGGCAUUUUUUGCCAUCCAACGAGCUCUGAUACGAUGUCAGGAGAUUGGAGAUGAGAAACUUGUAUUGCUGUCUGUCAUCAUUGACUUCAUUGAGAACCGAGCCAGACAGCUGGAACAAGACAGAGAGAAUUUAGAUCCUGGAUCCACAAAGGAGCCAGAGCCUGUAAAGGAUCCACCCAAGAAGGAAACAAAAGCUGCAGAGACAGAGCGGUCUGAAAAGCCGGUCGCUAAGAGACAACGACGACAGAAGAAUCAUGAUGUCAGCCAAGAUGAUGUCAAGGAGGAGAAAGAAAAGGUUCCUAAAAAGAAAAAGAAGCGAAAAGUGAAGAAGGAGCGAGAAGACUCCCCCAUUGAUCCCCCCAUUGAUCCCGAUGAACCCACAUACUGUUUAUGCAACCAAGUCUCCUAUGGUGAGAUGAUAGGAUGUGACAAUGACAAGUGUGUGAUUGAGUGGUUUCAUUUUAACUGUGUUGGACUUACCACGAAGCCAAAAGGAAAAUGGUAUUGCCCUAAGUGUCGGGGAGACAAACCUACAGUGAAGCGGCCUGACAAGUAGAAGACUUCCUCCUAUCUCGGUGCUACACAAAAGACGAGUCUUGUACAAGGGCCUGUUGUCAUGUCAUUUCUGCAAAGAAAUUUGUACCUGUAUUGUACAUUUAUUGUGGCGUGUCUGAUGUGGAAUGUGCUGUUGAUCAUCGACUUGGUAUCAAAUUGGUGACGAUCAGACAGCCCAAUAAUGCUGCCUGGCUUUGUAAAGCAGAUUGUCUGAUGUUUUGAGAAAAUUGCAGAUAAGCCAACGAAAAGGAGUCAUUUUAACUCACAGUUUAAGUUUUAUUCAGAAGAAUUUUCAGAAUUUAAGAUCCAGGGUCUAGUUUUUAGAAAUGUAUGAUUUGAUAAACAAUUUAGACAAGUAUUGAACACAUUCAUCAACAUGAUGCAGUAACUCAAGUAUUUUAAUUCAUUGUCGUACAUGGAAUGAGAUUCUUAAAAUGUCAAACAAUGAUUGAGACAUGUUCUGUUGCAAACUGUAAAAUAACUAAGGCUGCAACGAUUCACCCAGACCUUGAUUCUUCAUACAAGUAAAAACAUCGGAUUUCAUUUAACUCUCAGAAUUCAAGUGAGUCGGCUUUUUAGCGUGAAAUCUAUUGUCAACUUGGCAAUGUCUACUAAGAACAAUUCUCAUUGGAUAAUUAGCCCGGUGUCAACCAAUGACGUAUCGUCUUAUUUCAGCGCUCAAAACUGCUCGAGUUGGAGUCAAAAUUACCUUCUCGCUGUGUUGAAAUAAUUUGAAUAAAUAUUCAAAUAUCAAAUCGAAAUAGUGAUAAUGGUUAUCGAAAAUUGAACCGAAUCGCUGCCAGCCCUAAAAAUAACUGGAAAAUGAAUCAAAUAGGAGUCGAUUAUAACUGUGAUUUAUGAGUUGGAACAAGCCGAUCAAUGAUAGAUGAUAAUAGCUACCGGACUGUCACAUUGGGGGAGUAUAAACAAUGGAGUGCGGCACCACCUCGGCAACUACGGGAAGUACCAGUGAACCUGAUGAAGAAGUUGGAGUUGCCAUGGUUACCAAUAACUUGAACAGUCACCCAGUGAUCUAAUUCUAAUCAUUAUUUAUGAGUGGUCAACUUUAUUUUUAUUAGUGUAAAGAAGGACGUAUUAAAUCUAAGCGAAACUGUCACAAACUCAGGGUGGAGAUGUGGUGAAAUGUGAUUCUGAAGCUCAUGGGGUUGUCGAAAUUGCCCUUGCACACAGAUUCUUACCAUCCGGUGUAAUGACAUGUUUCAGACAUGUUAAUUAAGUAUCAAUCGUCUCCAUAGCCGGCCUAUCCCAUAUUUCACCUUUCAUCAUAUUUAUUGUGAUACGUCACCAUGGUUACUUGAAUAUGGCUGAUGCAGCCUUUUGCAAUAAUUACUUACUUACUCACUCACUCACUCACAGCGAUGUUGGUAGGAUGAGGGUCAAGGUAAGGAGUAACCACGGUAACUGUAAUCGGACCAAUGUUCUGUGUUGAUGUCAUGGCAUGUCUAGAUACCACAUUACACAAAGUGUUUGUUUUCUUGUUGAUGAAGGAAGUUUUGCUGUGUAUCCUGGCUAUCUUCGUGCCAAGCAUCAACAUUAACAUGCGAUAAUGUGUCAUAUGAUUGAAUUAAAUGUAUCUGGAAUACCUCAACUGUAUGGUUGCUUGCAUGACUUGAUUUCCACUUUGACAGAAGCAUGUAUCAACAACUGAUCACAGGGUAGUCACACGUUAUAUAAUAUGAUUACUCAAUGUUGUAAAUACAACAAUUAAGGUGAUGGAAAUUAGCAAAAGCCUACUACCAAGAACAGUUUGGGUAAUGUUAAGUGUGUGCAAAGAUCUAGUAGAAUUUCUAACUGUUAGGGGUAUUGCUAUAUUUUAUCACAUUUCGAGCUUGUCAGCAGUCCAGGGUAUUUUCCAUCCCAGUAUUUGUCGGGUGUUUCGGCAUGGGCGACCCACCGGUACCUUCAUGGGGAUUUUGUUGAUCACAGUAUUCAUGACGCAUGUUAAGUUUUAUGACCCUUUGUACUUCCAUUGAAAUUUUGUAUGUUUGCUAUGUUUUAUAUUUUCUAACGUCUUGGAAGUUUUGGCUUAGGUCAACAAUGGAAGAGUGCUUGUAUGAAAUGAUAUUCAUAUUGGUGGUUGUGACCAAAACUAUUGUUGUUUACAGGGCCAAUUUUAUUGUCAUGAUAAUCAUGAUUAUAUGAAACCAGGUUCUUAUUGCUGUCAGGAUGUUAAAUAAUGAAUAGAGAAUGAAUCUUUGAAUCUCGAAGUUAGAACUGGCAUUUUACUUUAAAUUUUCUUCUGGUGUUUACAAAGAACACAACUCCUUCUAAAGUUGAGAGAAACAUUACUUGUGAGUAUGGCUUCAGUGGAUGUUUGGAAACCAUGGGCAGUUUCUCUUUGUGUCCAUUUUUUCGUCACAAACUGAUAGUUUUGAAUGAGCAUUUUGAUUUGUUUUUUCACAGUUUACAUCUGCAAUACAAAAUGUGAAUGCCAUUCUGAUCUGUGAUUAGAUGUAAUUGUCAUGGAGAAACAAGAAUGCAAAGCUUUUGAAAGUAUGCAAUUCCACUGUCUGUAUGGAGCUGACUCAAUGAGUAGUUUUCAAAACUUGUGGACCUUAAUUAUCCCUUGAUAAAAGCCCAAGCUGGGCUCAUGAAAACAUUACCCCUUGGGCCUCACCUCUUGGUGUAGGUCUUCCUGAAUGUUAAAAAAUACAUUCACUUUAGUGAGAUGUUCUUUGUUACAAUUUGGGUGUUGGGGUAGCCUGGUGGUUUAUGUGUUCGCUUGUCACGCUGUAGAGCCGGGUUUGAUUCCCCACAUGGUUACAAUGUGUGACGCCCAUAUCUGGUGUCCCCCGCCGUGAUAUUGCUGGAAUAUUGCUAGUAGCGGCAUAAAACUAAACUCAUUCACUCACUUUACAGCAAUUGAUUAGUUUGAUGCCUGAUCAUUGUGUUUACUUCUUGUUGCCUGGUAACCAGUACAGGUAGAUCAGGAAGGUUUUCUCCUUUGUUUAAAUAAUGAAAGUCGACAUGAUUAACAACAUUGCCACAACAGAAACAUCUUUGCCAGAAAUGAUUUGAGAUAUGGUCAACUGACAAUGUGUCGUCUUUGUGUGUGGAGCAAGCAUCAUCCAUUGUACAUUGUGUACAUUAUACUCAUAUUCACUCAUCUCUCCAUGUUAGUGUCUCGUCUAUUUAUUAGUCUCUUCUCUCCAUCUCGGUCCAGAGCGGAGGGUACACAAUCAACAUCCAUUAGUGGAAGUCUGGGGGACGUGGUUCACCCAUUGUCUCGGCAGACAAACAAAUAAAUCAUUUUAAAUAUGA